CAGCUGUUCCAGCCUCUCAGCCACAGCCCUCAGAGCCUUGAGUGGCUGCUCGGGGUUCAGCUAGAGUCCGGUUAGCAAGGGCCCAGCGCGCCGCCUUGCUGGGGAUCACCACCACCGAGGUAGCACUGCUUCGUCCUUCGGCCCCCGUGCUUGUAUGUAGUAGCGAAAAUGCCCACAUUCCUGACCUAUGUGGCUUUUUCUUCUUUUUUUCUUUUCUUUUCUUUUCUUUUUUUUUUUCUCCGGUUGCGGCUCGCUAUUGGCCUGCUUGUGUCACCGUCUCUUCUCUGGGCGCGCGGGAAUGCGGAAUUUCGACAAUGCUCCCCGAGUUCCGUUCAAGCAGUUCGGCCCGGCACAUCUGCCAGAACAGCGGCUUCAGCGACUCCCGAUUCGUACUGUACUGCGGACCAGAUCAAGUCUGGCUGCGGAGCUGCUUCCGUCGCCACACGCCGCAUCACCGCUCGGCUACUAGCUUUGUCUCUCCCCCAAGCCAAGCAGCGGCAGGGCACCGAGUUGUGUGAGAGCUGUCAGUGUCGAGAUGUUACCUGUCACCUUUCGGCUUGGCCCAUACCAACAUAGUCUCAGCUUCCGCUCCACCUCCAAUCGCUAGAUGCUGCUCAGAGCUGUGCUGGAGCGUUCUAGUA